UCGCCCCUUCGCAGGAAGCCUGGCAAGUCCGAGAUGUGCUCGUAUUUUAGCGGCGGGAUCUCCAUGACGAGGUUAGGGUACAUGGGGUUCAUGCAUAGGCGCAGCUUCUUGCCUUCUACUACCCGUAGGCCGUUGAUGACCGUUGGUGGUCCCCACUCUGAGGGCCACUUUCACAUCACCCCCAUGUCCAAGCAUUUCUGGAUCUCUGACGUGACAAACGCGCUAUGCAAGUUGGUGCUGCGGUGA